AUGUCGCUUUCGUCCUGGAGAAAUUUCCCGUUCUUUGAUUGUACACCGGUUCGGGAUCCAUUGUUUGGAUCAGACUCGCCUUUGUACUCGGACUCCACCUUAUCGGCUGUGUGCUCUUCACAGGACAGAUUCAUCAUCGCUGUGUCGAAUACACUGAUAAAAGUUAUCGAUAAGAGCUUCCAGUUGGAUUUUGAGUUCACUGCUUAUGAACUUGGGUGGAGUGUUGUGAAACUGAAAUACAUUGAGUCAUAUGGCUUGCUGUGCACAAUUGCAGAGAAACAAGGUCAACCUCUCACAUUAAAACUAUGGAGUCUGAACAAGAUCAGAAAGAUAGUGAACAAUGGGCCCAAUAAUUAUCCCAUGACCGCAUUCGAUUGCGUCAAAGACUUCUCGGUGCUGGCAUUUGGGUUUGGGAACGGUGCUGCUAUCUUGGUUAGAGGCGAUCUGGUGAACGACAGAGGGUCCAGACAGAGGGUUGUGUACGAGAGCAAAGAUCCUGUGACUGGUGUGAUAUUCCGUGACGAAUCACUUCUUUAUAUCACUACGACACUAAAGGUGUUGACGAUACCGACUACCGGUGCCAAUAAUGGGAAGCCUGAUCGAAUUCUGGAGAAGAACGUGGGCGUUGACAUGGGAUGUACUGCUCUUUCCAAAGAUAAUAAACGGCAUCUUUUGGCAGGCCGAGACGAUGCUUUGACCUUCUAUUCGUCCAAGGGUGCUACCUAUAGCAUUCUAUUAGACUUGCCGAAGAAAUCAAUGCAUGCACUCACCUCGAAGUAUAUUGUGUUUGUGUCUCCCAUGCAUUCCAAUCUGCUUGCUUCAUCAAAUGGGUCUCAAUAUCACACUACGAAGAUAGUAAUUGUUGAUAUAGUCAACCGCUUCAUCUCUUUUAGCCAGACAGUCACAAGUUCUGUCGACCAGGUCUUCGAUAUGUGGGGUGAUUUAUGGGCGAUAGGCACUGAUGGAAUGUUAUACAAGUUCCAUGAGAAAGCUCUUUCUGAGAAGCUGAAUAUUCUUGUCCAAAAAGAUCUUUUUUCAAUAGCCAUACGACUGGCUGAAAAUGCAGAUCCUGAAGAGAAGCUUGGUCUUGACGACAAGUUGGUGCUACAAAUUAAGAAAAAGUUUGGUGACUACCUUUACGAGAAAGAUGAGUCUAUGGAGGCUAUAGAGCAGUAUAUUCAGUGUUUUUCUCUUGGGAAAACCAGUGAGAUCAUCCAAAAGUAUAAAGAUGGAUCCAAAAUCCCAGGCUUGAUUCGAUAUUUAGAGAAGAUGGUUGAAGAAAAGUAUGCUGGGAAGGAUCAUGUGACACUGCUUUUGUGUUGCUAUUGCAAACUUAAGAAGAUUGAUGAAAUCAUCAACUUCAUUCGCGAGAUCGAAAUCAUAGAUGGUGAAGUCACCUCUCCGAACUACGAAUUCGACCUUGAUACCGUUCUGAGUCUAUGCAGAGAGAGCGGAUACCUCCAAUUAGCCGCGAUAAUUGCCAAGAAGUUUGGUGAGGCUUCGAUUGUGGUUGACAUACAGCUGAGAGAUCUGGGAGAUGCUCAAGCGGCUCUAGCAUACAUGAAGACGCUAUCUAUAGAAGAACUACUCAGAGUUCUAGUUGAUAAUGUGAGUGAACUGUUGGAUAAAGAGUCCAACCAGACAACUGCAUUGUUGAUAAACGUUUUCACUGGUCAGUACAUCCCUAAGCCAUCCUCUGGUUUUGACACAGGUGAGCUCGCUCUCCUCAGUUCCACUGAGGGUGAUACUAAGGAUACUGUUCCUCAUCCUAAUGAGCCUGAAAAUGGAGAGUACCCAGUCCUUCAGAGUUAUAGAGCAUUUGUCUCCUACAUGGGCAGUUUGGGCGGUGAUAACGAAUCUGUAAUCCGAACGGUGGAGACUGUCAAGCCAACUUACCUGCCGCCACGUCCCAGGAUCAUAUUUCCAUCUUUCGUGAAACAUCCCAACGAGUUUGUGAUAUUUCUGGAGGCGUGUGUCGAGAAGUACGAUGCUCUUGGUGGUAACGAAGGUGAUAAAAAAGACAUAUUGACCACACUUUUCGAGAUGUAUCUCACGUUGGCCAACUCUGCGGAGAGUGAAGAUGUGGAAAAGGCGCAAUGGGAAAAGAAAGCUAAGGAUUUGGGAGAAAGGGAAAAAAACUCUGUGGAUCCAACAUCAAUUCUUCUUCUCUCUAAUCUUCACAGCUUCAACGAAGGAGAGAUCAUAGCCAGAGACGAACCAGGUUUCGAGGUGGAUCUUUUCAGAUCAAGAAUGGCCUCUGGCGAUAUCAAUGGCUCUCUAGCAGUAUUGGCGAAGUAUGGUGAGAGUGAUCCCGAGCUGUAUAGACUGGCACUGUCUUACAUUGUCUCGGAAAAGCACAUUUUCGAAGCAAUUGGUGAAAAGAAGUUCCAGGAAGUGCUGGAUAAGAUCAUGCAAUUGAAGCUGAUGACUCCAUUGGAUGUCGUUCAGACUCUGAGCAUGAACUCUGCUGCCACGAUCGGUCUCAUCAAAAACUACCUUCUCCAAUAUGUUAACUCGCAAAGACAAGAAAUACAGAACAACGAGAAACUAGCACAAUCCUACAGAGAGGAGACUGCAAGGGCAAAACUAGAGAUCAACAGGCUGAUCACGGAACCAACAACCGUCCAGAACACCAAGUGCAACUCUUGCGGUCUGAAGCUGGAUUUUCCCACCGUUCACUUCAUUUGCAAACAUUCAUAUCACGAGAGAUGUCUUGGGAAUGAAAGUGCAUCUUCUAACGGAAACGGAAAUGGAAAUGCCAGUUCAGAAGGCUAUGCACAUUCUUGCGUGGCAGAGUUGGAGGCAAUAACUGCUCUAAGGCAGGCUCAAGAAGAAGUUGGUGAGAGAAACAACUUGUUCAAGGCUGCUCUGAGUGAUGCCAGCGAUAGGUUCAAGGUGAUGACAUCGUUCUACGGACGUGGUGCUAUGGAGUCUGUGCGGCUCGUGUUCGAUACUCCCGAGGAGUAG